ACGCCCUGCAGAGCUGUAACACAAUAAAUAGUGGAUUGGCAGAAUUAGUCACUAGGCAAGUGAAAUGUCAAACUUUGUUGUCAUGUAUUUUAGUAAUGUUUAUAUUUGCUAUGUGUAGUGAGUAAAACAGUUGACAUGACCAAAAAGUAGGCCGGUGUUAUUGUAAUACGAGCAAUCGACAACAAAUAACAUCAUGUGUGUACGAAAAAUAAUAGUUUGCAAGCCAAAAGUAUCAGAGGUGCUUACAGCAUAUUUGAAACAAUGUAAUGAACCUCCAUGGACGUCCUAUUUCAUCAAGUAUCGCGACGUCCAGAACGAUCACUUUGGUCGUUCGCACUUCAACUGGACGUUGGAUUCUGGAACCAAUUAUCACAUUCUGAGAACCGGAUGUUAUCCCUAUAUGAAGUAUCAUUGCACCAAACGACCCUGGCAGGAUCUGACCGUGGAGGAUAACUUCUUCAAGUUUAUCAAGGUGAUCAACCUAGGACUUCCGCAGCUUGGUUACGGUUUGGCGGCACGCUUUCUAAUACGACACAUUGAAUGGGUGGAUAUGGGUGAACAGUUCGGUCAAGUGCCGAUCUAUUUUCUGUACAAGGAAGACAAAGGUUCGAGUUACUAGUUGGUUCGUUUAGUAGAAUAAAUUAGAUUAAAUGAA